AUGUAUUACUUUGCUCAUAAUAUUAACAAGUUUUUUAACAAAGAGGAAAUUGGGAGAGGCAGUUAUGGCGCUGUUUCUACAGCAGAACAUAACCCACGUGGCAGCGGAAAUUCGCCGGAGAAAGUUGUCGUUAACAAGGUACUUGGUGGGGACCUCGAAGACAAGAGAAAUUUUGUUAAGGAGGCGAGGAUUCUUCGAGAGUUGCAGCUUCUAAAUAUUGUCGAGUUUACGGGAAUCUGCACCACACCAGUAGCCCUAAUUCUGGAAUAUGCUUACUUCGACUUCAUGCCCUUUGCAAUGAACUCAAGAGUGAGCUCCCUAUCCGGCUUUCUUGCCGCACUCAACGACUAUGAUUGUGCAGGCUUUGACGACCCACUUAUUUUUUCCGGUAUAUCCAAAGACAUUGCGAAUGGUCUGCAAUACCUUCACCACGGAAAUGUUGCACACCGGGAUUUAAAGCCGGCAACCAUUUUUGUCAGCAACCAACAUUAUUGCCAGCUGAUAAAGGAAGAAAUCGGAAAAGUGCGGAUCGAGUGCCCCAUGGUUUGUAAAUUGGCUGACUUCGGUGAAAGUCGGUCGAGUGAGAUGCAGACAAAGUCAAUUCUAAAUUCUCAGACUCUCCGAGUAAAUCGUGGCACCCCUGUAUAUCAGGCCCCGGAGAUUCUGGUUGGCAAGACACGUUUGUCAGUCGCCACUAUUGAAGAUAUGAAGAAGGCUGAUAUAUGA